AUGAAGCACACUCGUGUCCAGAAUUCGCCAAAAACUGGCAAAGUCUAUGUACUUUUUUAUGAGGAUGACUCGGCAUUUUCCAACUUUCAUCCAGCGAAAUUUGAAGCGGCAACUGUGAAAAAAUUGGUGAAUUCGGAGAAAUUCCAAGAGGAGGAGACGCUGAAAUGGAAUUGCAGUGAGCAGUAUUUUAUGUACCACAAAGCCCUCCUUGUCAAUGACCAAAAUGCCGCAAAAUUCAUUCAUGACUCCAAGUAUCCGAUGCCAAUGAAAAUGGCCGGGAGAAAGCUGAAUAUGACCAGAAAUGACUUGGAAAAGUGGUCCGAGAAGUCUAGAGAAGUCAUGUAUCAAGCGUGUUUGGCCAAAUUUUCCCAAAAUUUGGAGUUGAGAAAAUUACUUUUCCGCACAAAAGGCAUGAUUUUGGUGGAGGCAUCUGGAAAUGAUGCUAUUUGGGGAAUUGGAAUCUGGAAAGAGGAUCCACGUGCUCAGAACGAGGACUCCUGGCAUGGUACCAACUGGCUUGGCAUUAUCCUGGACAAAAUCCGUGAGGAACUUUGGGACAAGCCAGAAUUCAAAAAUGAGAAGGAAGAAAUUGAGAAGGAGAAUCUUUCUAAUGGACCAUUUUGUGAAAAAUUAAAGUUAAACGUGCUGUUCAAACUUUUGAAUCCUAAAACCACCUACUUUGUUCAAAAACCACAAAUUUUCAAAAAAAACGUUUUUUUUUCGAAAAAUUACUAUUUUGCAUUUUCAUUGAAAGAUGAAAACCUUAAAGUUUCUCUACUUUUCUUUGUUUUCUUAAAAAUUUCAAAUGUUUCCUCAAUUUUCACGGAUACCGACAAGAUUUACAACGAAACCGAGGCCCGGGUCCUGUUUGAACUGGUUGCUGCAGUACACAACAGUCAACCUCAGUUUUGUCUGAAAGCCUCAUUUCCAAAUCCCCAAACUCGUCCAAAACUGAUAACCCAGUUUUUCGUGAGAUGUGAUCAUUUGAAUAGUGAUUGCACUUUCGCACUAUUUGAACUUCCUGGUGAGCAAGUUGUCAUUGCUAUCCGAGGCACACGGACCAUGAGCCAAUUAUUUUUUGAAACAAUGAGCGCAUUCAUUCCGGAUACAUCGUUUCAUGGUCUUGGUGAGGUGAGCAUUAGAAUGAUCAAUGAUCAUUUUUCAGAAAAAUGA